AUGGAAGAGCAAUCGCUAUUUUCCUCCUCUUCUCCCACCUAUGGAUGGACUUAUGAUGUGUUUCUUAAUUUUAGAGGUGAAGAUACUCGCUUUGAUUUUACCAUAAAUCUCUACAAAGCUCUGCAUCAAAAGGGCAUUCAUACUUUUAUAGACAACAAGGGGCUUAGAAGAGGAGAAGGAAUUACUCCAUCUCUUCUUAAAGCAAUCCAAGAGUCUACAAUAGCUGUCACAAUUUUCUCCAAGAAUUAUGCUUCUUCGACAUUUUGUUUAGAUGAGCUUGUUCACAUCCUUGAGUGUAGACAGAAAAAAGGUCAGCUGGUUUUGCCAAUUUUCUAUGAUGUUGAACCAUCGGAUGUGCGACAUCAAAGAGGAAACUACAAAGAAGCAUUUACUCAACAUGAGCAGAGGUUCAACAAUGAUCAGAAGAAGGCGCAAAAAUGGAAGCAGGCUCUGCGAGAUGCUGCUGAUAUUGCUGGUUUUUAUUUCAAACCUGGGAAAGAACAUGAAUGUGAUUUAAUUGAAAGGAUUGUAAAAGAGGUCUGUAGGAGGAUUAACUGCAAGCCUUUACACAUUGCUGAUUAUCCAGUUGGACUUGAGUGUCGGGUGCGCAAAGUAAUAUCUCUUCUAGAUGUUGAAUCUAAUGAAGGGGUCCUAAUGGUAGGGAUUUGUGGAAUGGGUGGAAUAGGCAAAACAACAAUUGCUAGAGCAGUAUCCAAUUUAAUUACUGAUAUGUUUGAAGCCUUUUGCUUUGUUGCUAAUGUCAGCAAAAAUUCACAAAAGCACGGCCUAGCAUACCUCCAAAAAAUGCUUCUUUCUAAACUGGUUGGGGAAGAUUUCAACUUCGUUGACAUCAAUCAAGGAAUUCCAAUAAUGAAACAGAGGCUUCACAGAAAGAAAAUUCUUCUCGUUCUUGAUGAUGUUCAUGAGCCAAGGCAAUUGCAAGCCAUGGCUGGGGCACUUGAUUGGUUUGGUUCUGGAAGUAGAAUCAUUGCAACAACAAGGGAUAAACAUUUACUAGCAAGACAUGGUGUUGAAAGAAUCUACGAAGUAGAGAGUUUAAAUGAAAAUGAAGCUCUUGAACUACUUAAAUGGAGUGCCUUUCGAGAAAAUAAAGUUGAUCCAAGUUUUAUGGACAUGUUAAACAAUGUAGUACUCUAUGCUGGUGGACUUCCAUUGGCUUUGGAAGUUAUAGGUUCCAACUUGUUCAAUAGAGGAAUCAAUGAUUGGAAUUCUGCAUUAGAUAAUUAUCGAAGAAUUCCCAACAGAGAGAUCCAACAGGUACUCAAAAUGAGUUAUGAUGCCUUGGACGAAUUUGAGAAGGAAAUUUUUCUUGAUAUUGCUUGUUGCUUUAAAGGUGACAGCUUGGAAUAUGUCACAAGUGCUCUGUAUGCUCGUGGCAUAUGCCCAGAUUAUGGUGUUAAGGUGUUGAUUGAUAAAUGCCUCAUAAAGAUUGACAAUGGCCUUGUGACAAUGCAUGAUUUGAUUCAAGAUAUGGGUAAAGAAAUUAUUCGGCAACAAUCACCAACUGAACUAGGCAAACGCUCUAGAUUGUGGUUUCAUGAAGACAUUCUCCAAGUUUUAGAGGGAAACAAGGGAACUGGGGAGAUUGAAGCCAUAAAUCUGCACAUGCCUGGAGAAAAGGAGAUCAAUUGGAGUGGAUUGGCCUUCAAAAAGAUGCAAAAUCUUAAGAUGCUUAUUGUUAGAAAUGCAAGAUUUUCCACAGGUCCCAAGCAUCUCCCUAACAGUUUGAGAUUGCUAGACUGGAAGGGAUAUACUUAUCCCUCCUUUCCAUUUGAUUUUUGUCCCAAGGAACUAGUUAUCCUCAGGAUGCCUGAAAGUUCCCUUAAACUGAAUUCACCACCCAAGGCAUGGGUUCCCGUCCGUGAGUGUAAUGGAUUUUAG